ACAGCCUCAUGCAUACACGCUAUGGUGUCCGAACAUGAUGAGUGAUUGGCUGCCCUGCACCUAUCAAUGCCUUUGCUCUGCCAAAGCGCUAUACUUCUCGCUACCCAACGAUAGGUGUAACUUGAGACAUGAUUGACACGCUGACACAAUGUAUCAGCAUAACCGCCCGCCACAAACAUGGCGCCCAAAAAAGCGGCCGUAGUGCGUACAGCUGCCUCCUCGCGACCAAGAAGAACUGCCAAACCAACCACCACUGCCACCACGACCUCAGCAACAGCAGCAAAGCCAAAGAAGAAGGCUACUACUGCUGUCCUCAAGAAGGCGGCUUAUAAGAAGGUAGCGCCCAAGAAAGCAGCAUCUAAAGUCACCAAGAAGAAGCCUGUGGCCAAAAAGGCUGCAAACAAGAAGGCUGCAACCCCGUCCUACGUCAAAUUCGGGUACAAAACCGAUGGCAGUAACCCCCUCGGUCCCGAAGCAGACAAGAAAGUCAGAGACAAGAACAUACAGAAGCAGCUCGGUAAAGAAAAGUGGAACGCCAUAGAUGCGCGUUACACACCUAAGGAACUCUCAAAUCUCGAAAGGACCUGGAGACUUAACAAGCAUCAAAUGGGCGACAGAUGGACCAUGGGCCUCGAGGACUUUCACGAAAGGGAAAAAGAAAAGGACAGCGUGUGUUGGGAUGAAGCUCAUGAAAAGGGCAUUGAAAAGAUUAGGGAGAAGUACACUGAUGCUGAGAUACAAGAGAUGCUGAAACAAAUGCAUAAAGAGCAGCGCCUAGGUUGGAUCCCACAUGUCAAAACCUUGGACGAUUAUUUGUUCUGGCAAGAAAUUGACAAUAUCAAGAACUUGGGUAAUGCCAUUGGCAAGUGGGAUUCGUACAACGUGAGUGCAUCAGCAUUUUCCUGUUCAGAAAUUGCAAAAGGGCAAUCGUUAACGCAAGUCCAGUAAAGACACCCAAAGGGACAUUGAAACAAGGGAGAACUAAGUCGCAGAGUCCGGACAGGAGGGUGUUGUUAUUGUUGAGUACUGAUAGUGGGUAUCGGGCUGAUAAUGAGCAGCAGAGUGUUAUGAGUAGGACAUGGGAGCUUGCUGCUAAUGCUGUAGAAGCUAUGAGGAGUACUGUGAGUUCCGAGUAGGCCAGGGGCAGUCUCUUUUGUUGCAAGGCAGUUAUUGGGUUAAUGUUUUAGUCCAUCUCAUUUGUCCGGUCAGUUUGAUAUUGUACUCCCUGUGUCAUUGUCUAUGAUUUUGCCACCUGUAAAAAGGCACAGU